ACGAUAUGAAGGCACUUUUUAGCAAAAACAAAAUCGGAAAGGUUAAUCGCCGAACUAUCUCGGAAUCCCUUAGAGAAUCGGUUCCAGUGGCUCCCUGCGAGGAUUGGAAGGAAGAUAAUACGGAGAUGCUCAACAGUGAAGAGAAGAGUGAGCUGCAGGGAAGCCAAAUUACAAAGAAGGAUCUGCAGGAUCAUCCGAAUGAAGUGAAAGAUGUGGCCCGUUUCAGUAUCAGUAUCAAGCUCUCUAGCCGUGCUUCGCUGGAUAAGUUUAUUUCUAAAGUUUUAAAUAUGCACAAGGAAGAUCCUCGCACCAUCUACUCGAACUGGGAGCAGGUGGGAAAGGGUUCCUUCGGCGUGGUGUAUAAGGUGAACAAGGGCAAGCAAGUCUUCGCCGUGAAGGUGUUGGAGGACAACGGCAAUCUGGUUUCCCUCCAGCAAGAAAUCGGUCUGCAGUCGUACACUCCGGGCCCCAACGUGGUAUCGAUCAUCGACACGUACUACUUCGACGACAAGCUCUGGAUCGUCAUGGAAUACAUGAACGCGGGCAGUUUGGCGGAUCUGCUCGACACGCAAGUCGCUUUCCCCGAAGAAGCGAUCGCCUACGUGACGAAGGAGGUCUUGGAAGCGCUCAAGUACAUGCAUCGCCACCACCAGAUCCAUCGUGACAUCAAGAGCGUGAACAUCAUGCUCGACACGGAGGGCCAUGUGAAGUUAGUGGACUUCGGAGGCGCGGCUGUGCUCACCAAAGAGCAGUCCAAGCGAAACUCGCUGGUGGGAACGCCGCAUUGGAUGGCUCCCGAGCUGAUUCGCCGCAUUCCGUACAACGACUCCGUGGAUAUUUGGUCGCUGGGCAUCACGGUGCUCGAAAUGGCCGAAGGCGUGCCGCCCUUCGCGGAUAUCAGCGACGGCAUGAAGGUGAUGCUGAAGAUCGUCACGGACUGCGCGCCGUUCUUCCAAGAUCCCUUCGCGUGGAGCGAGGACUUCCAGAAUUUCUUGGGAGCCAUGCUGGAGAAGGAUCCCGCCAAUCGAAUGUCCGCCACGCAGCUGUCGCAGCAUAAGUUCUUACAGCGGGCGUAUACGCGUGAGCAGUUCGCACAGUUCAUUCGACUGUCGUAUGAGCUCGCGAGAAGCUAUGCAGGAGGCUAAUGGUUCUGAUUUUGCUUGUUCGUGGUGUGAAUCUCGUGGCCCAUCUAGUAUUGUUUG